AUGGAGGAUGAGGAGGUGGACACCUACCCGGAGGUCAGAAGCUUCCCUCAGCUGCUGCCUGCUCCCAGGUUCCGCUCCCACAGCGACACCUCGGGAUUCCGCAGCAGGGUGCUGCACAGGCUCAGGGGGGCCCGCUCAGUUGACGGCCUGGAGAAAUCAUCUGUGGCCAGCUGUGACGUGGUUGUAGACAACGCCACCAAUACCCAGAAUGCUCCGGGGUCUCGACAGCAGCGAGGGAAGCUGUCAUCACUGGGAAAAAUCUUUAAACCCUGGAAAUGGAGGAAGAAGAAAACCAGCGACAAGUUCCAGGAUCUCUCCAGAGUUCUAGAGAGAAAAAUAUCUACAAGACAAACAAGAGAGGAGCUCAUAAAGAAAGGAGUUCUCAUUCCUGAACAAGAUGAACCAAUCAUCAGUGAAAAUUUGAACGGACAUGCCACGUCCAGUUUGACUCCAGAGGAAGUCAAAGUGGACAUCCAGUCUCCUGAAACCCCCCUGGAGGAACAAGCCACUGGUCCAGUUAACACCAAGGGGAAAACAACAGAGAAGUGUGAUACUAAACCUGCUGCCCGGACGAACCAGGUUCGACCUCGGGAAGCUCUGGCUCAAAAACAACAAAGUGCCACCAUGCCCACUACUACCAAACCUACUGGUGGCACCGCCACCCCAACAAAGCACAAAGAAGGUGCCCCAGGAGCUAAAAAGACCACUAAAACGACAGGCAAGACCGUCCYGUCCACACAGGCUAAAUCUAACUCACGGCACACUAACACCACAGGUCGAGGGGCUGCCAAAUCCUCAAAUCCAAAGAAGACGGGAUCCACAACGAAAACGACCCCCGUCUCCUCGACUGCACCUCGUUCUCGAGCGCCUAAGGACACCGCUGCUGCAGCAAAGCCUGACCGGGCAGAGGCAAAGGCCGGCCGAAAAUCAGACACUCAGACUUCUUCUUCCGUACCUCAAAAAGAUUCCACAGAGACUCCUAGUCAGCCUGGGAAGUUAAAACCCUCACCACCUCCCUCAGGCAACAAGCCACUUUCAUCUAAAGCCUCGGGAAAUGAGGCAGAGGGAAGUCAGGUUGCUUCUAAACCUGAUCUGGAGCUGAAACCAGUUCCCGAUAGCUCGACUUCAGGUGAAGAGACUCACAAAGGGGCUGCUGCUGAAACCACAGUCCAGCCCCCCCAUAUCAACAUGGCUACAGAGGACACAUCCUUCACAGAGGGAGAGACAGACGUGGGCACACGGCAGGAGAAACAGGAAAAGGAGGAAGACGUUAAGAAGAAAGGAGAAACAGAGUGUGGUAUAGCGAACGGCCUGAGGUCGGAGGAGGGCAAUGCAGAAAAGCCACAAGGUCCAAGCGUAAAAACGGAGCACGCUGAGGUGACCAUUAUCCCCAACAGGCCGAUGGAUGUCCAGACUAGUGACUCUGAUUCUGAUGGGCCCAUCCUGUACCGGGACGAUGAUGAAGAAGAGGAGGAGGAAGAGGAAUAUGAAAACAGCUCUCUGGCCAGCAAGAUCCGUCGGCGAGACACGCUGAACAUUAAGCUUGGCAACCGGCCGAGCAAGAAAGAGCUGGAAGAGAAGAACAUUCUGCCCCGGAGCUCCGAGACGGAGCGACACGAGCUCCGCCAGCAGAUAGGCUCCAAACUAGUCAGGAGUCUGAGCCAAAGACCCACAACAGAGGAGCUGGAGCARAGGAACAUCCUUAAGCAGAAAAAUGAGGCUGAAGAGAAAGAAGCCAAGCAGGAGAUUAAAAGGAGACUCACAAGAAAGCUGAGUGUGAGGCCGACAGUGGCAGAGCUCAUCGCUCGCAGGAUUCUGCGGUUUAAUGAGUACGUGGAGGUGACGGAYGCUAAGGAUUAUGAUCGGAGGGCAGACAAACCAUGGACGAGACUCACUCCUGCUGACAAGGCUGCCAUCCGUAAGGAGCUGAAUGAGUUUAAGAGCCGCGAGAUGGAGGUUCACGAAGACAGCAAGCAGUUCACCAGAUUCCAUCGACCAUAAAGAGCUGCAAACCAGAAGCUCGGUGGUCUGCAGGUCCUGGCUGUCCUCCAGCCCCUCMCUCUCCAUCUGCUUCUGAAUCCAGUUGACCUUUGUUUUUCUUUCUUUUUUAUUCCCUAAGACACUUUGAAUGGACGUAGCAAGAAAAGCUCAGUUGUUUUCAUUAUUUACAACAUUAAACAUGGCUGCAGUUGAUAUAGGUGAGCCAGAUACAAGGCUGCGUGUGUGGACUCCUUGGAGGUUUAAUAGAGGUUUUACAUUUGCUUCAACUUUGCUUUUCUUGCUGCAGCGAUUCAAAAGGUGGAGAUCUGUGGCUUCUGGCGAUGCCUUUUUAAAAUGACAGCUGCAGGCGUGUCUUAAGGCCAUUUGAAGGCAGCAAUGGAACAUUUGCACAUAUCUAUGGUGAGAAUAGUGCUGUGUAUAGCUCGCUGGAUAGAACCUUUUAUUUAUUGUAAAGUACUAUUUCGUAUUUUUUGUUUGUUUGUUUUUUGGGUUCUCCUCAGGCCUUGCAUCGAGAGGUCACUGUGAGAGAGAAAAGAUACAUUGGCUUUGUUUUGUUAAUGUGGCUCAAAAUGUACUAUAAAGUAAGUCUGCUUGCCAAGUUAUGCCUUGUCAGAAGCUUACAAUGGCCAUAUAUGGACAUCCUCGUGAAAACAGGAAAUGGGGAUGAUUGGAGGCUGUUGUGCUGAUGUCAGUGCCUGUGUUUAGAAACGGAGGAGGAGGAGAGGCAGUUUGUUCCGGUUCGAUGUGCCUCUCUGCAUUAACUCAAAUACACUGUAGCUCGUUAUUAAAAUUAGACUGCCACUAGAGGUCAUUAUAUCAUAAAAGUUACAGAAGGAGGAGCUGUUUGUGAAAGUGUUACAUUUGAACAGUGAAUAUAAUAGAUAUCACCCCCAUUGUAAUUCUAACUCCCCAACAUGUCUUCAGAUAAUCCAUAGUGAUUUAAACCAUCAUAUAUCCUGCGUUAAGUAGUUUUGAACAUGUCUUAUUUUUUACUGGCGUUUUUUAUUUAAGGCUUUUGACAGGGGCCUCUGACACAGAGGAGAUGUUGCCAAAGAGAAGGCAGGGAUUUAUUUAUUGAUUACUUAGUUUGCUGACAGGUUUGAGUUUGUUGGGGGAGCUUAAUCUGAAAGUUUUAUAAGUAGGGUGCUGGCGCUGUUGACCACUGAGGCAAGCAGCAGGAAGUAGACAAAUACUUCUUUUUCUUUUCUUGAACACAUUUUCUUAGUCUUACCACCUCAUUUUAGCUAUAAAGAACAGUAAAAAUACCAACAAAUGUUUACCAGAGGGCUGUAGUUUGCAGCUUGUGUUCUCUUUACACUGUGCUGUAACAUGCACCUUGAAUUCAAGUCAUUAAGGGUUUUUUGGGGUGGGGGGUGUAAUAUUGUGGUUAAAAAAGCAAAUAUGUACUUAUUUUAUUACUGAAUAAAGUUUUUGUUUAUAUUCCUAGCUAAACGCAGAGAGGUGACGCAGUCAGGAGGAUUUUAGUGUGAAUUUAUCAUUUCAGCCACCUAAUAAUUUAGUCAAGAUAAAAAUCCAAAUAUUCAGGUUGCAUGUUAAAGCAGUGUGUAAAAAGGAUGGAUUAAAUAUGUUUUCUUACUGUGCGAAUGGCUGAAUAUAAGCGGUGGAGCUUUUUUUUCUGUUUCAUCUCGGGAGAUUUGUGUUGAUGAGUGAUUGACAGUUUGGGCUCGUCAUCAUCCAAAACUCUUGUUUUGUUUUAUUUUUCUUUUGCUUUUCUUUUCUUAGCCCUCCAUUCUCCCGAACACUUGUCAUUCUUACAAACAGAAAAAACAAAAACGACAGUUUCUUUGCUUCUCAGUGUGCGGAGGUUGUAAAACAAAAAGAUGUACAGCGAUGGCAAACAACCAACAGUAUUCAUUCAUGUUUAUGUUGAUAUAUUUGAUUUUGUUGUUGUUGUUGUUGUUGUACAUAAUGUGUAUUGAGCAUGUGCAUACGAUGAAAUUUAUUUUACUGCAAAUAUGACACAAUGUGUAUGUUUUUAAUGUUUUUUUCCCCUCUAGAUAUUUUUAAACGCUGAUAAAAAAAAAAGGAGCCAUGCUGCUCAAAUAUAAAUGUUUUUAGGCAACAUAUCGUGGUGUUCUCAAGUUGUUUUCUGUAAAAAAAAAAAAAAAAAGACAAAUUUUAAACCCCUUGUUUUAUUUUCUCAGAGGACUGUAGGUCACUCUGARCAUCUGGAAUUCUUUUAAAUAAUUCUGUUUAUCCUGAAACAUUAUGCAGUUUAGUUUUAAACCAUAUCUCUGCAGGAAUGAGUAAAUAAGAGAAUUAUCCAUUUAGAAAUGAGCGUUUUUAUAAAAAUGACUUUACAAUGAUUCAUAAAUACAUUAGCAUUACAUUUGAAGCAAAUUUAUUAUAAAUGUUUCAUUACAUAAUACCGUUUAAAAUGAUUAAAAUGGUGAACUUUUAUGAUUAGUUUACAGAAUGCAUGAGUAAAAGAAAACUGUAUGGCACAAAUACGCCCAUACUUGAGCCGACUGGUGAAUAUGUUUCAUGGGAGAAGUUACAAUUCUCGAGUAGGUAGACAUGCAAAUUUUAAUUUAUUGCAUUUUAGAUGCCAAAUAGAAUUGGAAAGAAAUUGGAAACCUGACAAACAUACCAUGAUACCAUGGAUUGGAGUUCUGAAAAAGCAAUAUAUGCAUGAUAAUAUAAAAUAAACACAAGAUAUCUGUAGAUCCAAAGAAGAGAUUGUUUUUUUUCUGUUGCAAAACUCUUAAUAUUUGGUAUUCAGGUCAAACUCAGAGGAAUGUUUAAUACCCUCUACAAGUUCAGUGCUUUUUCUUCAGCUGCUGUUUUCAAUUUGUAAUGAUUCGAACCCCUACUACUUCCAAAAAAAAAAAAACCUUUAUAUUUGAGAAUGUGUGCUCUUGAAUUGGUGCUUCAUUCUUCCUGUAUCACCUUCCAGGAGAAGAAUCUGUUCACUUUGGACUUGAGAGCUUCAAAACAGGCUGCAACUGUUUCCUCUAAUCAAAAUGUUGAUCACAUUUUUUUCCUUUUAAAACUGAGAAGCUUCAAUGUUUUCAGCUUUAAAUGUGGUCAGAUAUUUUUUCUCUUUUUUUUAGCUCAAAGAUUCAAAAAGAAAAAAGCAGAUUAUAUUUCACAUAAUUUGCCACAACUCCUGUUUGAAGUUACAUUUUAAUGUUAUACAGUAUAUUCAAAAACAGCUCCUGUUACAUCCUAAAUGUGUAGAAAUGUGUUUUUGUAUAUAAAGAUCCACAGAGGGGGAAAAACUAAAAGUUGUCAUGUUUUUUUUUUUUUAUGUCAGACUGUGUUCGGUGGAUAAAAACGUACUAACAAUAUUCCAUGGGCAGCAGCAGAGCUCACAGAUGAAUGAAUAUUGCACAUGUACAGUAUGUUUUUUCAGUCUUACUGAAAGCAUAAUAAAAAAAAUCUAAAAAUUCAA